AAUCAUUCUGUUUUAUCGAGACACAACACAAGUGCCCACUUCACCAUUCACGCUCAUUACUCUCUGCUUUCAAAUCUCAGAUCUUCCGUAAGAAAAGAAACUCAUCCUUGUGAAAGUUUUCCAGACACUGCGAUGUCGAAAGCAAUUCUUCUGGUUGCUCUCUGCUUUUUACCGGCUCUAGCCAUGUCUGCUCGUCCGAACAAGAACCCUUUCGUCGUCAGAGGCCGUGUCUAUUGCGAUACUUGCCUCGCUGGUUUUGAAACUUCGGCAUCUACUUUCAUCCCUGGUGCGGUGGUUAGAUUGGAGUGCAAAGACAGGAGAACAAUGGAGUUAACCUACAGGCACGAGGCGAGAACCGACUCAACAGGAUCGUACAGGAUCUUGGUUAGCGAAGACCAUGAGGAUCAGUUCUGUGAUACCAUGUUGGUUAGUAGCUCUCAGUUACGAUGCUCCAAUGUCUCACCUGGUCAUGACCGUGCCCGUGUGACCCUCACUCGUUUCAACGGCAUUGCUUCAGACGAACGUUUCGCUAACAACUUGGGGUUCCUAAGGGAUGCAGCAUCACCAGGCUGUGCAGAGAUCAUGAAGCAAUAUCAAGAAACUGAAGACUAAAAUGCUCAAUCAGUAUGUUUUUAUCAGUGUUCCCCCGACAUGUGGGAUUAAAAUUAUAAUUGCAGCUUGUGUUUCGUGCAUUGUAUGGUUUUAUUACUUCCGAAAAAAUUAAAAAUAUAUAUAAUGAAUCUCAUUGCGGAGGAGAA